AUGAACGUCCACGAGAACAACUUGGCUAGAAACGCAAAUACAAAAAACUCAGUUAGGAAUAAGUCUAAAGCCAGUGCAAGUGAAAGAAAGCCUGCAUUUAAAGCCGUAUUAGAAACACCAUAUCAACUGAAUUGGCCUUGUCCACCAACUUCAAUUUCAAACGGUGUGCUUAAAGACAUUACUGGUUCUUUUACGGAUUUUAAAGCCAAAUUUCCAUCUGAAUCAAUAGCCAAAGGAAUUUCUCCUGAAGAAAGGCGGAAGCUGCGAAGUGAUAAGAAAGUUGAGAACAAGUCUACACCCCCACUCACUCCGCCUUCAACACUUAUCGGUAUAAACUCAGUUACACGAGACAUUGAAGCUGGCUCUACAUCCACUUCGCGUGUUGUACUCGCAUGCAAAAGCGACGUAAACCCUUCACGCUUAUUAGCCCAUUUACCGAUACAAAUUGCAGUGAACAACUCAAAGAACUCACACUCAAUCGUACUCAUUGAGUUGCCUAAAGGCAGUGAAGAAGCAAUGGCAAUAACCCUUAAACUCAAACGUGUGGCUGUCGUAUCACUCACAGAACAACACCCACUCACCGCGACUAUACUACGCAGAUUGGAUGAUAUCCAAAAAUACACACUCACUGCUCCUUGGCUGAACGGCGAUCAGUUGGUGUAUAUUCCCACUAAAAUUAAUCAAUUAGAGACUAGUAUCCCUAGAGACAUGCGCAAGGCUAAAGAGGAAAGAAAAAAGGUACAGGCUGCUAAGAAGGAGCGUAUUAACGCAUACAAACACCAUCAAUCUCUCAAACUCAAAUCUUAA